GGGUGGUGUUGGCCUUGCCGCCCCCCUUCCUCCGCGCCGCCAGGGGGCGCUCGCGGGAAAAGGGGAGGGGGGGCACAACAUGGCGGACCAGGCCGUUCUGGAGCGGUUCCUCCUGGUCCUGCGCCCCCUCGGCAGCGGGGAGCAGAGGCGGGGGUCCCUGCUGGUGGCCCUGGCAGCGGAGAGGGACACGGGCCAGUCCGGCUGCACCAUCACCGUGGCGGCCGCCGGGGACCUGACCCAUGGCAUCGGCACCGAAGCCCUGCAGGGAGCCGCUCGGGGGGUUCUGGUGCUGCCGGGGGCGCCCCAUGUCCCUGCUCCGUGCUGCGGCCACAUCCUGCACCGGGCCCGGCUGCGUUUGGCCUUUCAGCUCUGGGCCCCCCCCGACUGUGUCUGGCUGCGGCAGUUCCUGCACAAGACCAGUGUGGUGCACCCCGAGGUGGAGUUUCACUUGUGUGUCAGCUUGAACGGAGCCGUGGCCUCGCACACCUACGGCUGGGAGAGCGGCUGGACACCGGCGGGAGUGAGGCUGCGGGUCCAGAGCCGGCACUUUGCACUCUCCAGGCCAGCAGCCCCUGGCGGUGCCCCCCCCUGCAGCAGGAUCCACCCCACGCUGGGCCCCCCCAUCCGCCUGCCGGUGCCCCCCCCCUCGGUGGCCGCAGGGCUCGGGGGGGAGCUGAGCCUGGUCCCUGCGGCCGCCUUGUGCCCCUGCCUGCGCCGGGCCCCCAACUGGCCCUCCCGCCUCGACGCCAUCACCUUGUUCCUCUAUGACCCCGCCGGGCUCCCGGCCGCAGCGCCCCGGUUCUUCCAGGAUCCCUCUUGGAUGGCGGAUUGGGAGCAAUUCGGCUUCAUCGCAGCCCCCCGUGCCCAGACAGAGGGGGAGGAAGAGCUGGUGACCCCCGAUGCCACCUACACGGUGCAGGAGGGAGCAGGUGGCCCCAGUGGGGACCGGCACCCCCAGACUCUCCUGCUCUUCCUCUUCCUCCAGCAUGAGGACCCCUUCCAGGCGUAUGAUGCUGGCACCCGCCUGGUGCUGCUGCAGCACAUGGAGCAGACGCUGUGGAGCAGCCGCCCGGCGCUGGCCCGCGGGCUCCGGACCCUCGUCCACCCCAUGCUGGGGGAGCUGCGCCGGCGGCACGAGGCCCAGCAGCGCCUGGCCCGGUCCCUUUCUGUCGCGCUGGACGCAGUGACAGCCGUGGUGGCCGGGAGCACCAGCAGCCGGUUCCGCCAGGGCUGCCUGCGCACCAUGCAGGGUCCCCAUCGGAGCAUCCCCGUGUGCAGAGGGGACAGAUGGAGGAGAAGGAAGAUGAGGAGGGUCCCCAGAGCAGCCAGGGGCAGGUGUUGCUGCAGGAGAUGGCCCAACGGAUGGCCUAAGGGGCGGGGAUGGAGCCCAUCCCUCUGCCAUGUGCCAGCCCAGUUCACCCAGUUCACUCAGUCCCAGCUGGUCCUGGCAGCCCCAGUCCGGUUCCCCCAGUUGGUCCCGGUUUCCCUUGUUGGUCCUAGUGCCACAGUUGCUCCCCAUUCUCCCAGUCACCCCAGCCCCCCACUGGUCCCAGUUCUCCCAGCCGCCCCCAGUUCCCCAGUUGGUCCCAGUUCUCCCAGUCACUCCCAUUUGUCCCGCUCGGUCCCGGUUCCCCCUCCCCAUUUUCCCGCCAGUUCUCAAGGCGUCGCCCCGCCCCCCUGACGCCUCGCCCCCACGGCCACGCCCCCUCCCAACGCCCCGCCCCUUCCCCGGAGCCGCGCCCCACUUCAGCUCCCGCCUCUUUCCAUAAGCCACGCCCCUUUCCGCAAGCCCCGCCCCCGCCGCCCUG